AAAUUUCAUAAUGGUGACUCUUAUAUAUGCUUAAGUACCAAGAAACAGAAUAAUAAGUUAUCUUGGGAUAUUCAUUUCUGGCUUGGUGAGACGACAUCACAGGAUGAAGCUGGAGUUGCUGCUUAUAAAACUGUUGAAUUGGAUGAGCUUCUUGGAGGUAGUCCUGUGCAAUACCGAGAGAUCCAGAAUCAUGAAUCUAGAAAAUUCUUGUCUUAUUUUAAACAAGGAGUGCGCUACAUCGAAGGCGGUGUUGAGUCUGGUUUCAAAAAAGUGCAACGCGGUGUAUAUGAAAAAAAAUUAUUUCAUAUUAAAGGCAAACGCCUAGUCCGAAUUUAUUCAGUGGAAGUUAAUGUAACAUCAUUAAAUGAUGGCGAUUGUUUCAUAUUGGAUGACGGCAAGAAAAUUUAUUGUUGGUGCGGUAAAGAUAGUCGCAGGACGGAGCGGAUAAAAGCAAUGGAGGUAGCUAGGAGCAUUCGUGAUGAUGAACGCGGGGGUAAAGCUAAAAUUUACAUUAUAGAUGACGGAGUAGAUCCUGACAGCAAAUUUUUUGAAGCCUUGGGUGGAUUUAACCGUGACCAAGUAUUAUCUGCUGAAGCCGUUGACGAUGAUGUUUCUUCAAAAAAAGAUAUUCAUUUAUACAGAAUUUCGGACGCUAGUGGGGACUUAGAAAUGACGCAGGUCGAUGAAAGACCAUUAAAAUAUGAACAUUUAGACCAUAAUGAUUCUUUCAUCUUGGAUAUCAGAGGCAACGAAAUUUUUGUUUGGGUCGGUUCAAAAUGCACCACAGCGGAGAAAACAAAUGCAAUGAGUCAAGCUGCAACAUUUAUUGAAAAAUUCAAUUAUCCUAAGUGGACUUGUGUUACUCGAGUAAUAGAUGGUGGAGAGAAUUCUAUUUUUAAGCAAUUCUUCGUAUCAUGGCCGAAUCGAAAUAUUCUCGUUGCAGCUCCUAAAUAUAGUUCUAGUAAUAUCGGUAAAGUAGAAAUACACAUUGAAAUUUAG